CUGCCCUCCACCCUCCACCUACACCACCACCAUCACCGGCCCAACCCGCGACCACCUGCACUCCCUUUGGGCACCUUGCAUCUGGGCGGUGCCUUUGUCCGUGAUUCUUUGCUUUUAUUUAUCAUCUCGAUCUGUCCUACGUUACGCAGCAUCAACUCGGCUAGCUUGGGCUCUCGCUUGCUGCUUGUUUAUCGCCUCUGGGACACCCCGUUUCGUUAUCUGGACACAGCUGCUACCUAAUGUUGAUCCCUAGAGUCUCCUAGAAUACCACCUCAGAGUCUCACAGCUUUUUGCUGUUACCUGCGCCCCUCUUACCAUUUAAACACCGAUUCUCCUCUGCUUGAGCUCUUUCGGAAACUCUGCAGCUAUGGCCGACUCAGAGCAGGACGACGCUGAGAACAACAGCCUGCACAUCAAUUACGGUACUUCUCAGCCAAGCUCGCCCCGUGCCCCUCGGCGUCCAUUUUCUCGCCGACACCACUCUACCUUUGGGCCUGACGAGCUAUCGCCGCUUUUAACAACAGGACGUUCACGAAUACGCAUCCAAAGCGGCGCCAGCUCGCCCAAGAUCCCUGGUCUGAUUCGUAACCAGAGCUACCAAGGAAGCGUUCGAAGUACUCGACACCAUAGCCGACAUCCCUCUUGGGGCCAACGAUUAAUGAGCGCCCUCGCCGACGGCCGAAGCACAUUGUCGGACUCCAAAGGCUCCCUCUUCCCUGACGAACGCGUCUGGUACGAUCAAUUUACCAGCACUGACUGGGUUCACGAUGCAAUUGCCGAUUCACAUCGAGUCAAGGCUCUUAGAAGCCGCAAGGAUUUCUGGGGCCGCAUCCUCGUGACGCUUGACGGCGCACAGGGCUGGUUCCUCAGUGCUCUUUGUGGUUUCAUUAUUGCCCUAAUUGCGUAUACCGUGAACGUUGCUGAGUCUACUGUUUUCGAUUUCAAGGAUGGUUACUGUUCCAGAGCCUGGUAUCUAGACGAAAGGAGAUGCUGUGGCGGCAUGUCGUGUGACGACUGGAAAAGCUGGGGCGACAUUCUGCAUUUUACACCAUUUGGACCCGUCGUCACCGACUUUAGCGUCUAUCUUAUUUGCGUACUUGUAUUGUCCCUUACCUCAUGCUGGAUUGCACUCUGGACAAAGACGGUCGUCCCGUCUGCGUAUCGAUUGUCGACUCUGGAUGAAAAUCUGGCCGCCGAGCGCAUUCCUCACCUUGCUGACGAUGUUCUCACUGACGACAGCGGUACCCCUCCUCAACAACCUGCUUUUCCUGUCGCAAACCCGCCAAUGGUGUACUACUCUGCUGCUGGCAGUGGAGUUGCCGAAGUUCGUGUGAUUCUGAGUGGCUUUGUGCUCCACGGCUUCCUCGGUCUCAAGACGCUCAUCAUCAAAAUGCUUGCUCUAAUUCUCAGUGUUUCAUCUGGACUGAGUUUAGGAAAAGAAGGCCCAUAUGUGCACAUCGCUACCUGCGUUGGCAAUAUUGCUUGCCGUCUCUUUUCCAAGUAUGACCGCAAUGACGCAAAGCGCAGAGAAGUGCUCUCUGCUGCUGCUGCUGCCGGUGUCACUGUCGCCUUUGGUGCUCCUUUGGGUGGUGUAUUGUUUGGUUUGGAAGAAGUCGCUUACUUUUUCCCAGCCAAGACGCUCUUCCGCACGUUCUUUUGCUGCAUUGUGGCUGCGCUAUCCCUCAAAUUUUUGAACCCAUAUGGAACCCACAAGAUUGUCAUGUUCCAGGUUCGAUACCUCAUUGAUUGGGAGUUUUUUGAACUUGGCAGCUUUAUCAUUGUCGGCGUAUUGGGUGGAGCUCUUGGAGCUCUAUUUAUCAAGGCUUCUAAGUACUGGGCUCAAAGCUUCCGUCGCUUGAGUGUCAUCAAGUCGUACCCUCUUUUCGAAGUCUUCCUGGUAGCACUCAUUACAGGUUUGAUGAGUUACUGGAAUGCUCUAACAAAACUCCCUGUUGCUAAGCUACUCUUGAAUUUGGCUUCACCCUGCGAUGACUCUACCGACGAGGAUAGAGACCAGCUGGGCCUGUGCCCCAAUUCAGUGGAUGACAUCCCAGGCAUUCUUAUCACUCUUUUGGCUGCAUUCCUUAUUAAAGGAUUUCUCACUGUCAUUACCUUCGGCAUUAAAGUUCCUGCCGGUAUCUAUAUCCCCUCGAUGGUUGUUGGAGGUUUGAUGGGCCGUAUGGUCGGCCAUCUGGUACAAUGGCUCGUCUUAAUUACACCGAAUUGGGGGGUCUGGGGCAACUGCGCGACAGCUGCCGACGGCACAUGUAUCCAACCAGGCGUGUAUGGUCUGAUUGCGGCCGGUGCAACCAUGUGCGGCGUUACUCGACUUUCCGUAACACUCGCGGUUAUCCUGUUUGAGCUAACCGGUAGUCUUGACUACGUUUUGCCCUUCUCGCUAACCAUCUUGGUUGCCAAGUGGACGGCUGACGCUAUAGAGCCUGCCAGCAUCUACGAUCUUCUCACAAACAUGAACUCGUAUCCCUUUUUGGACAACAAACAAAAGCCCAUCUUUACCGGCGACCUGGCAGACAUUGUGCAUCGUGUUCGUCGUGAACGCGUCAUCGACAUCACCAACUCUCCACUCGUUAUUGCCACUAGCUUGCGUACCAAACUUGAGGUGCUUCACCGUGCUGGAGAGAUUGAUGGUGGCUUGCCUAUCGUUCGAAAUGACGUGCUCGUCGGCCUUAUCCCUGCACCAGAUCUCGAGUUUGCACUGGACCAGCUCCCCGACGAGUCAACAAGCCUGUGUCUCAUGGACCGUGUGCCCAGCAUCGACGACGACGAUGAUGACCUUGUCGACCCCACAGAUUUUACACCUUAUAUUGAUCCAGCUCCUGUAGCACUGGACAUUCGCUCGCCUAUGGAUUUGGUGUAUGAGUGCUUUGUGAAGCUUGGACUACGCUACGUUUGCGCAACGAAGGAAGGCCGCUUCGCAGGUAUGGUACACAAGAAGACAUUUGUAAAGUACAUGCGAGAAUUGGAAGAAGAAGAACAUGGUUCUCAUUGAAGAUGAGCUGUUUGCAUUUGCAUCGGAGUUUCCUUUUUUUUCUGUAUCUUUUUUUCACUUUCAACAUGGGCAAAUCAUCGCUUGAACGGGCGUUUAUGCUAUUUUGGGACUGUUGAUAUUCUGGGGGAGACAUGGCGGAUGUAGCAUUAAUAACACCUCAAGGCGAGCAGAGCCGACAUGGGAGGCACCUGAAUACAAUUUGAAUUGCAUCUCUU